AUGUUAGAAGUUCAAAAAGUUGUGAUCUUUGCAGAUUCACAUUGUUAUACUAAAUUGUUUCAAAAUGAAGAGUUUGAAAACUUUGUAGUUGUAAACAUUGAUACACUCACACCAUCAACAGAUUUGAAUGGUUUCUUUAAAAAUGAAAGGGAUGCUGCUUGUUUGUGUAUCUCAAAGAAUGAAAACUAUUACAAAAUAUUAAAUGGACAUUAUCAACCACUUAUAUCUAAAAUCUUGGCUACCCUUUCUUCUCUUGUUUGUAGAACCAAUCUAUCACUUUUUAUUGUGUUUGAAAAUAAAAGAAAAGAGGUAAAUCAAAAACAUGAUUUCAUGCAAGAGAUUGAAGAAAAGCAACCAAUCUUUAAAAACCUUGGUAGAUGCUAUGGAAUGGACUCAAUGUGGUUUGGAAUGGAUAAGGAAACUAUCAAAGAUAAAAUUUACGAUGGCAAACAGACUAAUUCAUUCCAAUGGCUUGACCCAUCGUCCAGUAGUAGCAGCAGGUCAUUAACCAACGCAAAGGUUAUAUUGUGUGCUUUAUUAUUCCUGUUUCUUGGUAUAGUCAAAGUACUUGUUGGUACUGGUCAACUCGGAAGUCCAGAUCUGGAUCGUAACUUAGCUCCCCGUUAUGAUCACGACAAAGUCCUACAGAUUCAGAAAUUUUUUGAAGAAAAGGAAAGACAGAUAACACUAUUUGAAGAGGAGAACCAAAGUUUGAUAAAACAAAUCAAUCUUUUAGUGGAGGAUCACAAAACAAAUUACCAAACAAUCUCUAGAUUAGAAUUUGAAAACAAAGAUUGUAAGAUUAAUUAUACUAAAAAAAUCUCUCAGUUGGAGAUUGCUGUCGAUCAACAAAUCUCUCAAUCACAUAAGGAAAUUGAAUUGUUGAAAGGUCAAAUCGUUCAAUUGAAACAAUCAAACAAAUGUUUAAAAGAAUACGAAAAGUAUUAA